CUCAAAGGCACGCAAGUUACGUCAUUAUGACAGCAACAGAUGGAAGAGCGAGCGAGUGAGAGAGAGAGAGAGAAAGAAUGAGAUCCGGCGAGAUGGAUACGUUGUAACUUCAGAAAAUGACUGAACUCAAUAUCCAUCUGUGAACAGAGAGAGGGGAAAUCUUGGCAGAUCCCUUCAUUUUGCUGAAAAGAAGCCGGUGGUCUCUGAGACUGAGAGGUGUUGUGUGCCCAUAUUUGGCUGUCAAAUGCACAGAUACGACAUGUUGACAGAAAGCAGAAAACGCAGACGCAGCUGUGAUGCUGAGCAGCUCCAGGUCUUGCCCCAGGCAAAGAGGUCUGGAGGUUACUCCUUUCUCCCUGAGGUUGGCCGUGAUGUCUGGGACUCUGAGUCUUCCAGCAGUGACAGCAGUGGGAUUAGCAGUCCGGAGCGCAUGGCAGGAGCCAGUUCCAGCAUCCAGAAGACUGACCAAAGAGGACUCCAUGUUACCCAGGCUCCCUGCAGCCCCAUUGCUCCCACCAACGCAGCAGAAGAGCCGGCCAUUUCCUUGAGCCACAACAUCUCAUAUGAUCACAUCAACCGUAUCUUGAGGGAGGCCCACUUCAGUAGCCUGCAAACUCGUGGGCAGCAAGGUCCGACGUGAUGGACAGUGACUCUUCCAGCACCCAUUGGCAUUAAGGAACAAUGUACAGGGGACCUUUUCGAGGGACUUUAUGGGUCGCUUUAAGGCCUGGCACAAAUAUAGGCCCUCUAAAUGCAUUUAUGUUCUUUCUUAUAGCACUUUUUCAUGUUCAUAGUGAUUAUGUGGGGCUCUACUUGAUGUGUUGACCAUGAACUUCACAUAGGUGCUAUAUAAAAGAAAAUCUUGAAAAAAUAACAUCAAGUUCUUGUAAGCUUUUCCCCUUUACGAGACAGUCACACAUGGUGCUACUGCGGUUCUGGGUCAUGUUUUACUCAGACAUAUGCAUUUGGCCACUUUUGACACUCUUUGGUCGGUCUAGAUAAGGAAAAGAAAUAAAAUAAUGUCUUAUUUAAGAGCUGAGGUCUAGAAACCAUGUGAUAUUUGCAGCCCUGCUUUGGAGUCAUUCCAGGAUGAUCAAUAAUGCUGUUGUUUACAGAAGAUGCCGGUUUGAUUCUCACUGGAAUUUAGACUCUUUCAGGAAGGGAUUUUUUGGGGCUUGAUGAUUGCUUACAUAUCCAAAACUCAGGUUUAGAGGAUUUCUCUCUGCGUGCCAUGAAGGUUGAGACUUCAAAUGAGGAACUUGGUGCCAGAUCCUUCGAAAUUUUAUAUAGCAUAGUCUCUUUACCUUAAAGAAAACGCGUACUAGCACAUCACACUGUAGAGAGACUAUUCUGAAAAUGCAUGCUGGACUCAGGUCUGUUAAUGUACAUAAUGAAGCACUCUUUAUCUAUGAAUUUAGAGAAGGUGUAAGCCAAUUAACAAGUGAUUUAGGGUGUAAAUCCAGUGACUGCAAAUUGAAAGCCAUGUCUGAUAUUCACAUUUGAAUUUUAAAAUAAUCAGAGCUUGUAAUAUGCUAGUUUAGAUCAUUCACUGCGCUCGAUGUAAUACGAGGACUCGUUUUCUACGGGCAGACCAGGAAUGACCUAAAAUUAGCUUGCACCUAACUAAGCACUCUGCAGUGUCACGUCACCACAAAAUUUUAAAUAUUUCACCAUGUCCAUACAACACACUAAUGCCGGUGUCUAACCAAUAUAUAUAUAAUGGCUUAAUUCAUGUCAGAAUGGUAAAACAAACAGGAAUGGUAGUGCUCCUAAAUUUAGUAUGCACAAGUAUAGUUCAGUCCUUUUUAGAUACCCAUCCUCAGCUAAACUUCAGCUUAGUCCAAACAGAUUGUAUGAGGACAGUUACAUCAUUUCAAGCAAGUGAUCUAAUUGUGUACAAGAUACUGAUAUACUUUCAACUACUCGGUGCACAAUACUGUACAACCUAGGCACUGUGUUUUGUGUGAAAGAUUAGCUUUUGAUGAUGAAAAUCGUCCCUGCAGUCACCAUGGUUUUGUAUGUAGGACUGUAUAUAAUAUAGCUAGCAUAUAUACAAUAUUUGAAAUCAUUGUUAUUUUAUGAAAUGUUCCUCUGAUGUAAAUGAAAUAAAGAUUUUUUUUUUUUUUUUUUUAAA